UCCUUCACACAUGCCACUCAUCAAACACAAAUUGCAAGAACCAUUAAUUCCAAUCAUUCACAUUCAUCCAGAAUCAUCAAAGCCAUCCACAGGGCUUGACUUGGCAACUGGAAGAUGAAGCAAGCAACUCUUUUCUCCUUCUCACUCUUCCUACUCCUUUCCUCCACCACCAUGGCCAUUUCACCAGCACCUGCAGCAGCACCAAAAACACCUCCUACCCCAAAGGCAACAGCACCAUCACCAAAACCAUUAGUUCCCACACUACCUCAGUCUCCAGACUCUCCUGACUCAGUCCCCGACGACAUCACCAGAAUCCUGAAAAAGGCCAAAAUGUUCUCAGUCCUAAUCCGCCUCCUCAAAACCACAGAAAUCAUGAACAACAUCAACUCACAGCUCAUAACAGCCAAGAGUGGCGGCAUAACCAUCCUUGCACCAGAUGAUUCUGCCUUUUCCAACCUCAAAGCAGGCUUCCUCAACUCCCUAAACGAAGGCCAGAAAAUCGAAUUAGUGCAGUUCCACAUAUUGCCAGAGUUUGUGUCGAGCUCAAACUUCGAUUCCCUAAGCAACCCUGUGCAGACAGUGGCUGGUAAAGACCCUGCAAGGCUUCCGCUGAAUGUGAAUGCAUUAGGUAACAGUGUCAACAUUUCAACUGGGGUAGUCAAUGCCACCAUUCUCGGAGUAGUCUACUCGGAUAACAAGCUUGGCAUUUAUCAUGUGGACAAGGUUCUUCUUCCUCUAGAUUUCUUUCUAACCAAUAAGGCUCCAGCUUUGGCUCCAACAACUCUUGCAAAGGCUCCUAAAGCUGCCAAGGAAAACUCUUCUGACGAUGAUCAAGAAGAAACAGACCAAAAUCACAAUAAAUCCGGGGCAGUGAGUUUGGUUAGCCUUGGUGGAGCAAUGUUGAUGUCGAUUGGGAUAGCUUUGGUCACAGUGGCAACCAUGUGGAGUUGAUCCAUAUGGCAGCUGCAUUUUGAGUUUUCUUUGUCGUUAAUUUCUUUUUUCUGCUUUUUAUUUUUGUUUAAAUUUUUGCAUCUUUUGUGGUUUCUUGUGUGUUAAUGUUAUGAAAAGGGAAAGAAUCCUUGAAUGGUUAACGAUUAUGCUGUUAAACCAUAAUUGUUUGUUUCUAACAUUAUGGUUUAUAUGAAAGGCUAGGAAUGAUUUCAUCUU